AUGCAGCUGUUGUCCGCGAGAUGUCUCGAGAAUGCGCAAGAGCUCCAUUUCAAGGCAAACUUUCAGUACUCAACAACUAAGAGGUGUCUCCAUGGGCACAACGAAAGCGAUGAAUGGUACACUCGUGAAGGCCUCUACCAGGGAGCUCCGCGAGCCGAAGUGCUGGAAGGAGGCGGAGAACACCCACCGCCGUUUGAAUCCCUUUCACGCAAAGCAGCCUCGGUACUUGGCCAUGUCAAGCGAGACUCCCUAUCCAGUUUCAGUUGGGAUCUAGGAACGUGUAUCCCGGCCGAGAUUCUAGGCCAGAACGGAAUUCUCCCCCAAAAGCACCCGAAACUGCAGAGUCUCAGCGUGUCCAGUGAUUUCUUAUGCAAUAGAGGCGGCAAGAUAUCCGUCUCUGCAUUCCGCAGCCUUCAAAGACUGAGAUGGAGAGCGCCGAACAGAAGUCAGGUGGACGCCUUGUCCGAAGCCAUCGAGAACAAUGCGAGCCACUUGAAAGAGCUAGAGAUAGACUUUGCUCGCUGGUUGACACUGAAGGAUACGAUCUCGUACCCUUAUGGAGGCUUGGGCGGUGGCAUUUCGAGAAAGGUUUUCGGGGUCGGCCCCCAAGGCCUUUAUACCGAGGUCACCCAACUUGCGGGGAUUCCAAGUCCACCGCAAGGCAUCAUCUUCAAGGAAAUCCGCUCACUGUCUCUCACAGAGGUCCCGCUCACGGCAGACUUGGCGCGGGCGAUUAACUUUGAGACACUACAGUCCCUCAAGCUCCGCACAUGCCCUGACUGGUUUGAUUUCCUCAAUGCUCUUGUUGAGGAUAAGGUGAAGAUCAAUCUGAAAGCAUUCGAACUGACUGAUGAUCUUGGUGAAUACCAGAAGACAAAUGAUCAAUAUUAUGCCGCCAGUGUUGCAUCAAUGGCUGCCUUCUUGGCUUCAUUCAAGGGGCUUGAGCAGCUUCACCUGGCCGCCUUUGGCUCCCAGGACUCCGCUGCAGCGUGGAAGGGAUAUGCCCGCGACCAUGGAGAAAUAUUGAAGAGUUUUGUGGCCCAUGAUCGAUUUGCCAAUUGGGACCGACAGAGCUAUGGCACCGGACAAGUUCGCGACUCGAAUUAUAUUCUGUCCCGUGACCAGGUCAAGCUGUUCAAAGAGGACCCCUCACAGAAUCCUCUAUCACUCUUCAACCUGAAUUUCUUUGGUGUGUGCUGUCGGACGGAGGAUUUGCAAAGCCUGCUUGCCGGCCUCAAAGAGCGCAAUACUCUCAAGGUUCUUCAUGUCCGACAAAGUAGCGCAUACCUGGAGAUGUAUAAAACCUCCAGCGCUGUGAGCCAACUGGAUCUGGAAAAGGCUUUGGUUGUAAAUCAGCAGGACUUUGACGGUACGAACUUCGAUGAUCCUUGGCGUCAUGUGGUCACACCAAAGCGUCCCGUCAAAAAGGAGGCCGAAGAAGUCCGGCCGGAAUUUUUAGAUUUGGUAGGAUGGGCGUUUGGACCAGAAGGUAUCAAUUCACUUGAUUUCCUUGCAUUUGGAGACUUCUCGAAUGGUUGUCGAGAGCCUCAGAACAAUCUCGUCUUCUCCAGAAACCGCACGGGUAACAAGUGGGGGUUUUCGCGUAUUCAUGUGGAUUGCGAAGAAUGGCACGAUGUGCUGGACCAGUAUGGGGAUGCGAUCGAGGCGUGCCCGACAGACAGGCUGUUACACACCUCGGAAACCCUGAGCCAGCGAAUCCUAUACGGCAGCUACUAG